UACGAUUCACGAUUCGAAUCGUACGAUUCGGUUCGAUACACAUAAAAAUCGAUUCGAACAGGUACAUGGAAUCGCAAAUGGUACAGAAUCGCAUCUGAAUCGAUCGAUUCACGAUACGAAUCGAAGAAUUGCUGAAUCGCACGAUUCCUUACAGUCGCGGGUCGACCCAGUUUCCUCGGACCCGAAUGAAAAAAAUUCAAUUUUUGGCCUAAUUUUUUUGCUUUUUCUUGGCACAAGAUGGAUCGCCUGGUCUUCUAAGACCAAACGACAGCCUAACCAAGGUAACCCAUGGUCUCUUUUUACUCCCAACAGACAAAACCCUAGAAAGACUCACCUCUCUGUUCGACACAGAGCUUCGUGGUCCCUCUUCUCACUGUUUGGUGGUCCCUUGCUGCUGGAAUCUGCUUCGUGGCCCUUCGUAUAGUCUUCAAAGCUUUAUGAAAGUUUGUUGUCUCUUGGGUCUUCGAUUUUGUUUGAGGUAUUACCAGACAAACUUCAUAUAGGUAAUAUAAAAUACUAUAUUCACUUUAUACUCCUCAUUUUCCAUUACUUUAUUGUCUAUUGUGUUGUGGACUGUAGAAGUAUCCAUUACUUUAUUGUCUAUUGUGGACUGUAGAAGCACUGAAGCUGCUGCUAUGUGGGUGGGAUAUUAAAAAAAUAUUUUGCUUUUUUUAAUGGAUAAAAAAAAUAUGAAAAGCAAAAAAAAAAUUGGGAAACAAGAUCUAACAUGGGACCAUUAUGCCCGUAUCAAAGAUGAUAAUAGAAUGCAUUUGAGAUGUAAUUAUUGUGGAAAAGAUUAUUGGGGUGGAGUGAUUUGAAUGAAAAAUCAUUUAGCCGGAACUCAUGAUAAUGUUGGUGCUUGUAGUCUAGUUUCUGAAGAUAUUAUGAAUAUGUUUUUACAACUCUUAAGUGGAAAAAAACAAGACAAUAUUAUAGAUGUUGAUUGUUUUGAAGAAAAAAAUAUUGAGGGGAAAAGUAAAGGGGGAACUAUGGAUGCGUAUGUCACAAAAGGGAGGGCAAAGCAACAAAGUUUGAAUCAAAUGAUGAAGCAAAGGGAGCCCGUGAUUAGAGAUAUUUGUAGAGUCAUUUAUUGGCAUGCGUUGGCUUUUAAUUUAGUGAAAAGCCCCUUGUUUAAAAAGAUGUUGAAGUCGGUUGGUGAGUAUGGUGUGGGAUUGAGACCACCAAGUUAUCAUGAAGUGAGAGUAUCUUUUUCGAAAAAAGAGGUUAAUAAUGUGAAUGCAAGUUUAGAAGUGUAUAGAAAAGAAUGAAAGAAGACGGGUUGCACUAUAAUGUCCGAUGGAUGGACCGAUGGAAAGUCUCGCUCUCUUACUAAUUUCCUUGUUAAUAGUCCAAGUGGAACGGUGUUUAUUAAAUCAAUAGACACCUUCGGUGUAAUUAAAAGUUCUAUGAAAUUAUUUGAGAUGCUUGAUGCCAUUGUGAAUGAAAUUGGUGAAGAAAAUGUGGUGCAAGUGGUAACAGGUAGUGCAUCGGCGUAUGUGGGUGCCGGUAGAUUAUUGGAAGAGAAGAGGACUAAAUUGUUUUGGUCCCCUUGUGCGGCACAUUGCCUUGACUUAAUGUUGAGUGACAUAGGUGAGUUGACGGUUUUCAAAGAUACAAUAAUUAAAGCCAAGGAAAUCGCUGUGUACAUUUAUAGGCAUGCUUGGGUGCUUGAUUUGUUCAGAAAAUUUACAAAGAAUAGGGAGUUGACAAGACCCGCGGUUACUAGAUUUGCCACCGCCUUCCUUACUUUAAAAAGUUUCCAAGAUAGAAAGCUCCAACUUAGAGCUAUGUUUGCACCGGAAGAGUGGGCUAGAAGUAGCUAUUCUACAUCUAUUAAUGCAAAAAAGGCACAAGGAACAAUCUUGGGAGAUGCUAGAUUUUGGAAAGCAAUCAAGUAUUGCUUGAAGUGUGUGCUCCCUUUGGUGAAAAUUUUGAGGCUUGUGGAUGGUGAUGCAAAGCUGGCAAUGAGAUUUAUUUAUGAAGCUAUGGAUAGAGCGAAGGAAGAAAUUGCUUCAAACUUGAACCAUAUGAGGGGCAGAUAUAAACGCAUUUGGGAAAUUAUUGAUACUAGAUGGGAUUUACAACUCCAUAGGCCUUUGCAUGCGGCGGCAUAUUACUUUAAUCCGAUGUUUCAUUAUCAAGAAAACUUCACUGCGGAUACGGAGGUGAAAAUUGGUUUCUAUAAAACUUACCUUUUAGUCUAGUGGGUAUUCGUUUAUCGCACAAUACCCUAGAUGCACUUCUCCACUUACACCAUCCCGCCUUAAAUAAACCAAUAGAAGA